ACCAGCACAAGGCACGAUCGCCCAGUAAGGCUGAAAAGGCCGCACUAAAAUAUGCGACACUCCUGUUGAACGAGGUCGACAUACUGUACUUUGUAACUAUUGGGAUCCACAAGGCUGACGACGAUGAUAUCAUCCGAUCCGCCCGCUUGAUGUCAUCGGCCCAAUAACCGCGGUCAACACAUCCAUUUAAACCCCCCGUGCGAAACGUUUCGACUGAUGGCCCCCCUCAAUCAACCAGACAGAAGAAUACAUGGAUACGGAGCUGCUGGCUGGCUGGCUGGCUAGGUACUUUGUUCAUGACUAUGAAGACCAUCGAAGAUACCACCCGCGAGACCGCACGGGAAAUGGGCUACGGGGAUGAGGACACGCCCCGGACCGAGGAAUCGGACAACAACUCCAUCUCCGUCUCCAUGACGGAUGCGAAUGCGAAUGCGAAUGGGGAGACGUCGUUGAGCGAUAUGGCGCAGAACUCGGUGAACGAGAUCAAGUCCAUGCUUGAUAAUGUGUACUCGAGCGAUUUUGUGAGCAGUACGUGGAGUCAGGUCCGGUCGAUGGCUGCGGGUGGCUCUCAGGAGAAGAAUGCGCGGGAAUCUACGGAAGAAAUCGAACCUGCCGACCCCGAGGAACUUCGUCGGAUCGAGACUCUGGAGAAGGAGAAGAUCGUUCAGUUUCUCCAGGAGAGACAUAGAAGUAAUGCUGGCCAUUCUGGGAGGAGGCAAUAGUUUUCAAAAGAAGCGGUGGGCGCUUGAUAUGUGUAUGCGUUAAGGUAAUGGGAGUCGGGAGUCCACAGGAGGGUAAAUAGAUAGUGAAUCGUCAUCUGGCAUGAGAUAAAAUAUGGAAAUCAAUUCUCACCACCCCUUGGCUCACAGAACGGCC